GGCCCUGACCAGCAUGGAGGACAAACGUGCCAUAGCAGAGCUCCUCAGCAAACCUGGAGAUUAAUGGCACAUCCAGCCACACAAAGCCUAUAAAUGGAGCCCAAUAUCGACUUACCUGACCCAUGAUGGAGCUGGGAACCGAUGUGGUGGUCUGUGACCCACCUGAAGCCUGUUGAAAGCACUCCUCACAGCAUGGGACCCGACGAUCUCCCGGUCCGGGGCCGCAUGGUGACGAUGCCCAAUGAGCAGGAGCCAUGUUACUCCCUUCCCCCCCCAGACCAUUGGGGAUGACCGCGGUUCAAUACAGAGAGGCAAUCCCGGAACAAGGAGAGCGCAGGGUGAAGCCACCUUAACAUACAGAUUAUACAGCGAGACACCCAUCAUGGCGACUGCCACGUGCCUCCCUGGCCCCACGGACCCAGACCAGGGACUAUCACAAAAGUUGGAUGCACUACUUGCCAAUUUCUGGCACAAGAUAGAGGGCAGAACGCAACCACUUACCUCCCACCAGCCACACAGCCACCCGACAAAGGCUGCCUCCACCUCGGAAGAUCCCUCUGAAAGCCUCACCUGCAGGACAGGCCACAUCAUGGCGGUGGACCACGCUGCAUAAGAGGUGGAAACACCGCACGAGACACCACUGGGGACACACUGUACAGAGGAGGAUCAGGACCCGACGUGCUCACCCGCCCCACCUGGCGUUACUCAAGACCAGAGGCCUACAACAUACCGGUCCAUUUCAGAUCCCCCUUGUGAACGUUUAGAGAGACGACAACAUGGGGGCAAUGGCAGCCUCAUACCAAGAAGGUGACCAGCUAUGGCCCAACCACGACCCUCACACUGGGCCCAUGUACCAAGCCUCUAGAGUCGGAGUGGGAUGAUCACUAUGGACUGCCAUAUGGACUAAUCACGCUCCGCAGUGCACAGAAGCAGGUUCAGUCCAAAAAGCCCGAAGUUAACACCCAUUGAGUUACUUAAAGCUAGCCAGUCUUAUUUGUGUCUACCUUGUAUAUACCUUUUAAAUGUUAAUUCACAGCCUGUGCCCACAAACCUCACUGGGCCUUUAAACCCCGUCUCACUCCCAUGAUUGUUCAUUAAGUCCAUCUACAAGCAUAUUUUAAAGGGGCUAUACUACAAAGUUAAGCAUGCUAUCUAUAUAACUAAAAUCUAAGAAACCUAAUACAUGGGAGCUUUCCCUCACCUAACAGCCCCCCUAUCUUGUAACCCCUCUUGGAUAAACCUAGACGGUUGAAGCAUGUUUAAACAUAUAUUACGAAAAGGUUCAUGUUCUUCAUGUUUCAUUUACCGCUUUAAACAUGUUUAGUGAUCCGUGCUCAUGCUGAGGUGACAUAUGGUUAGCCUAUCUGUUAAAUUUUCCUUCAUUGAAAACGAAAAUGUUAAUCUUUGUUAAAACUUAACAUAAAAAUGUGCCUGACCAAUGAAUGCCACAACUUGUAAUACAAAUGUCUGCCAAUUUACCCUGAUGUCGCUGUUGUGGCGCACCAAGGCUACUUGUUAAUUUUCUGCACAACAAAAAUAAAGAUUUAAAAAAAAUAAAAAAUAAAAA